CAUCAUCUUCAUUUACAGGGGAUCAACGUUUUAGGUAGGGGGCUUCUCUUCUUCUCCCUUCUUCCAUCGUUAGGUUUCUCUUCAAGUUUCCGAUUUUGUUUUCGGACGAUUUCAGAGAAGAACAGAAAGCAUGUUUGGUCUAGAGAAAUCGAUAACGGUGGAGCAUGAGAUCUUGAAGGAGAAUCACGAGACUUUGGUGAAAGACUACGAAUGUCUUCAGGAAAGGAUUAAGCUCGCUGAGGAGACUUAUGAGGCUGUUAAGUUGCAUCUUCAGAAGAAAGCUAAGGAGCUUGAGGAGAGUAACAGACGCUUGUUUGAUGAAUGUGUGAAAGAGAGAAUUGAGAAGGAGAAAGUUAAGAAGACGUUUGAGGAGAUGAAGAAGACUAUGGAGGUUGAGAAAGAUGCUAUGGUUAAUGAACUGAUGACGAAGAACCAGGAGCUUUUGUUGGCUAAAAGUAAAGAGGAACAAGAGUUGGUUGAAUUGGAGAAGAAGUAUGUGGAGUUAGCUGAGAAGAUUGUUGCUGUUGAAGAGGAAUGUAAACACUUGGAAUCGCUCUAUGAUGCGGAAGUGGUAGCAGCUUCGGUUACUCAGAGUGCUGUUGUGUCAGAGAUUGGUGAGACUGAUAAUGUUGCUGGUCAAGGCGAGAAUGAGGUGAAUCAUAAUGUUGCUGGUCAAGGCGAGAAUGAGGUGAAUCAUAAUGUUGCUGGUCAAGGCGAGAAUGAGGUGAAUCAUAAUGCAAACAACGCUGGAACAGAUGCGAUGAUGAUCAAUGACGAAAACGAUGCUGCUGAACAUGAUAAACCUCCAACUCCAAGAGAGAGUAACAUAAGCUCUCAUGAGUCUAUGGGCAAUAACCAAGAAGAACAAUGCAGGAACAGAGAAAACUCACCAAAAGAGAACCGAGCAUUGGGAGAAACCUCCACCCCGAGAACUAAUAAUAACCCACCGCCGAGUUCUCCUUCAUCCUCGUCUUCGUCAUCAACAUCAUCUUCUGACGGCUAUGAAGUUGUGGUUAAGCUGCCGCGUAACUGGCCCGAGUGGGCAAUCCCUAAAGGUCCUGGGAGCAGUUCCAACAAGUCUUAGAACAUUUCAGAUGCAGAGAACUAAGAGCCAGAGAAGAAGUGAAUUUAGAAGCUGCACUCAUUAAGUUAAGCUAUAUUAGUUAUGGAAAUCUUCUUACAUAUAUAGACAUCUUAAUGCUUUUGUUUUGUCUAGGAGUUUAUAUCAAGAUCUCUCUAUUGAGAAACUAUAACAAACAACUGAACAAGUCUAAACUUCGUGAGCAAUAAUAACAGAUAACAGUUUCUA